GCACUUCCAUGAAAGCAGGCAUCUGACUUACCAAUGUUCAUCCUUCUCCUCAUGCUGUGUUCUGUUCACACGGACAAACAGGUCAACCAGUUGGAGAAGUUCAAUCUGAAGAACCGGGCGCUGAAGGUCCAGGAGAAGAAGCUCCUGCAGCAGCUCCAAAGGAAGAAAGAGCUGGGAAAAGUGGAGUAUGAGGAUUUCUUCCAGGAGUACAAUGAGCCGAGAGUUGAAAAGAACCUGGAUGAACUUCAGAUCAACAGUCUGAAGGUGCAGCGUGUCCUCAGCUCGCACAAGGAGAAGCUGCAAAGGGUCACGUUGGAGUCCACAGAGUUGAGCAGUGACAUCAGCAGAAGGAGACAGCUGCUGGCAAAACUCGAGGAGGAGAUACAGCAAGCUGAGGAGGUUUGGUGUUGA